GCAGUCUUAUUUUGAGAAAUCUGUCCGGAAGUUGAAUAGGCUGUUGUGGCUGACUUGAGGGUGAUCUCUGCUGCUCGCGACACAACAGCACGCAGCUGCUUUCAUUUUCCAGUGCUCGAGACGCAACCGCCGAGAGGGGAGCUCGUGCUUCUUUGCUCCGGGGAUACUACCUCUGAUGGACUUGAUAUAAGAUAAGAAAACGCAGUUUAUCUCUGAUAAUGAACACUCAGGUUGAGGUAGACUUAUUCGGGCAAAUUUCACAGGAGUGUCGGCGUGUGAUUUAUCCCGUGGAUGCGGCUGUCGGGGUCGGUGUCUGAGCCCUGCAGGAUCAGCCUGUCGUAGGGCAUCAUGAUUUCUCUGGUUCUUCACAAGUGGAUGAGGAAUAUUUCUCCGGAGAUGCUGCUGUUGGUGCAGAUACUGUGGUUUUUACCUGUGACUGGAGCGGCUCCUUCUCUGACUACCGAGCAGCUGGACAUGGGGGUGGACUGGCUGAGCAGGUUUGGCUACCUCCCGCCCCCUGACCCAGUGACUGGUCAGCUUCAGACCAAGGAGGCUCUGACCAAGGCCAUCAAAGCCAUGCAGAAGUUUGGAGGGCUGAAGGAGACCGGAGUCUUGGACCAAGACACACUAGGUCUAAUGAAAACACCCAGAUGUUCUCUGCCAGAUGUGUCUGAGGCUGAGGGGACAAUGGGCCGCAGGAAACGAAGCUUGAACCCUCAGAACAAAUGGAAUAAGAGGCAUCUAUCCUGGAGAGUGAGGACGUUCCCCAAGGAUUCGGCCUUACUGGGCAGGGACACCGUUCGAGCCCUGAUGUACUACGCCUUGAAGGUCUGGAGCGACAUUGCACCACUCAACUUUCACGAGGUGGCCGGCAGCGACGCAGACAUUCAAAUCGACUUCACUAAGGCCGACCACAAUGAUGGAUAUCCCUUUGACGGGCCGGGAGGCACCGUGGCGCACGCAUUUUUCCCCGGAGAGAGGUUCACUGCAGGGGACACGCACUUUGAUGAUGAUGAGGCAUGGACCUUCAGAUCACCAGACUCUCAUGGCAUGGACCUGUUCGCAGUUGCGGUCCAUGAGUUCGGUCAUGCCAUCGGCCUGGUCCACACCUCAGCCAUGGAGUCCAUCAUGAGACCGUACUACCAGGGUCCUGUAGGAGACCCUCUGAAAUACGACCUACCCUAUGAAGACAAGGUCCGCGUCUGGCAGCUCUACGGUGUCAGAGACUCAGUAUCCCACACCAAUCGACCAGGCAACCCUUCCCAGACAGCUGAGCCUCCCGUGCUUCUGGACCUCCCUGAAAACAGAUCAACUCUCUUGCUGGCGCGAGAUGCCCCAGACAGAUGCACCAGUCACUUUGAUGCUGUGGCCCAAAUACGAGGGGAGGCCUUCUUUUUCAAAGGGAAGUACUUCUGGAGACUAACUCGAGAGAAGCACCUGGUGUCUCUUCGCCCGGCUCAGAUCCAUCGUUUCUGGAGGGGCCUUCCUCCCAAUCUGGACAGUGUGGAUGCUGUUUAUGAGAGACCAGGGGACCACAAAAUUGUGUUUUUUAAAGGUCUAAAGUACUGGGUAUUUAAAGACAACAACGUGGAAGAGGGUUACCCUCGUCCAAUCAGUGACUUUGGCCUACCAUUGGAAGGCAUAGAUGCAGCCUUUGUUUGGCUCCACAAUGACAAAACCUACUUCUUCAAGGACAGCCACUACUGGCGCUAUGAUGACCACCAGAGGCGUAUGGACUUGGGCUACCCUAAAGACAGCACACUUUGGAAGGGGCUGCCACCACACCUGGAUGAUGCCAUGAGGUGGUCUGAUGGCUCGUCCUACUUCUUUAAGGGGAAGGAGUACUGGCGAGUGCCAGGCAGCGACAUGGAGGCGGAGGCCGGAUACCCCCGCCUCAUUGCCAAGGACUGGCUGCUGUGCACCGAGAUGCAGUCGGACUCUCCGGAUGCGGAGCCCAAGAGCACGGAGACGAGAGUCAACGUGCACCGUCACCCGGACCACGCAGAGAAUGGAUACGAGGUGUGCUCCUGCACCUCUGACACCGCCUCGCCUUUGGGCGCCCGCCCCUCCCCAUCUCCCCUCUGGCUGCUGCCGCCACUCUGGACGCUCUCGCUGGCCCUCCGCUCUGAACUGCUAUGAUGCCAAAGCAUGGGACAAAGUUCCUGAGCUGGGUGAGAGAGAGAGACUCACUAGGGGAGGGCCAGUGGAUGCUAAAUACAAACUGAAAAAUUUUGUUUAUACAAGUAUCAAUUGGUAUGUUUUUGCUAUUAAUUUGCUGUUAUUUAUUUCACAUGCCAUUUGAUGGUCAUCUAAAGCGCCUUGCAGUAUGGGUAGUGCAUACAUUUAUCAUGUUAUUAUACUAGGGUAUCCCUAGUAGACGUCAAUCCACUGACAGUGACAAUGCUAGUACCGUACUUUACAAAUUGAGUUACACAGAAUCACAAGUUCUAUUCUUUAGUUGCUUGAAUGACUAAACUGCCUCUGCAAGGAAAGCUAACUGACGAGUGAGACUGAUGAAAAAUGUGUUCACAGAAGACACAACAGUAUUCUAACACCACAGAUGAUAAUUACUUUUUUCAUGUACAACAAGUUUACAGCAAUAAUGAAUGGCAUUGUGGGAUGUAAGCAGAUAAGAGAUUGGUAAAAAGGUAUGUUUUUACCUUAAAGGAAUAGUUCCCUGUUUUGGGGGAAAAAAGUUCUGAGACUCAGAUGAGAAGAUCGCUACAACUCUCAUGUCUGUAUGCUAAAUACGAAGCAACAGCUUGGAGCUUGCUAGCUUAGCUUAGCAUAAAGACCGUAAACAAGGGGGAAACCACCCUGUCAGAAGAUACAAUAACUCAUUCCACCUAUCAGCACAUCAAAAGCUGACUAAUUAUCACAUUUUAUCUUGUUUAAUCUGUGCAAAAACAGAAGUGUAAGAUGGCAUGCUGUUAUUUUGGUUUUACGGGUAGUUAUGUGCUGGUUGGCAGAUUUUGUUACCUUCAGACAGACCCAGGCUGUUUCUCCCUGUUUCCAGGCUCUAUGGUAAGCCAAGUUAACCAGCCACUGGGUCUUACUUUUUGACACAUAUUUCAUAUAGCUUUUGGGCAAGAGCAUAAAUAAGAGUAAUCCCCAAAAUAUCAAACUAUUGCUUUAAAUAGUGCCUGGCAAGCAGAACUUCCUGUCAAGCUGCUUACUGCCUCCCAGCAUUCUCCUCCAAUGAAAUUGGUUGGCUACAGUUAUGAUUACCGUUAUGGCCACGUUUGGGGUCCACCAAUCCAAAAGAAAGAGAGAGGACAUAAACUCAGUCUGACAGGAAGAGCUGCCUGAAAGGCUUAAACCAAGGCAAAGAGUGACAUUUGGAAAUAUAGAUACUGCAGUCAGACAGGUGACUGACAUCCUGGUAUGUAUCAGAGCAGACAGGUGAAAAGUAUCCAGGGAUGUAGUGUGGAUAGAUAGUUAGGUUUACAGAUGAAUGGCCCCAUGGGAUUUUGAGAGGAAGACACAUGAAUGGCAUGCUGGGAUGUCGACAGGUAGAUGAAUGGCAUCCAUGGCUGCAAACAGGUAGACAAGUGAACUACAUCCAGUACAGCUACCUAGAGAAAAGGGCACACUGGGAAGUGGGAAGUGAAACAAACAAAAUGAUUUCCCAGCAGAUUUUCUUAAUGUUGCUUAAUGUCAUUAUCCUCGCUUAAAUACCUUACCUGUACUCCCACGCUUUUCUGAGGAACUGCGGCUCAUAUAUCUCCAUGAAUUCAUCAUUUCCACCCCACCUGGUACAGAAGCAUUUCCUGCCAUUAUCAGAGGCAGAAUUGGUUUUCUUGUGUUUUUGUAAUAAAUAUGGAUAGAUUGUGAUUCCAUAUUGCUUUGAUCAGAUUAUAGUUCACUGAGCCUUUUAUUCAUCAAUACAAGUUCCUACUGGUGACGUCCUUCGCAGGCCUCACGAAUACAGCAACCUGAUUUAUUCUUGCUGAUAUAUUUACCUACAGUUUAAAUAUAGACACAGAUAUAUUUGAGUUGAGAUGUUCCAUGGUUACCGUGAAACCAAGUGGACUGUGUAUAUUUCAAGCUGUGUUUUUUAAUGUAAAAUAUUUUUGUAGAAAAAUAAAAGAAUCUGAAUGACUUUAUCGACUAAAGGUGGUCACACGAAUUUGUAUUGAGACAGAUCAUUUUGAGUAAGUCUCGCAGCUGUGUGGGCCGAGUGUGUAAUUAUUUAGUGUCAGUGAGAAGGAGUCAGGGCUUGAAGACAGAUGAAGGUAACACGACAGCUUGCAGACACCAACUGGGAGAUGCUCUCCAUCUCUCUGAUGUUCUUACGCAUGUUUUCUCUCGUAAUGGUCACUGUCACGCAAACCACAUCACGUCAAUCACCACC